AUGCCACCUCGUACGACGACUACGGCCAACUCGCUUGAGCGCCGCCUCUUGCAAGACAUCGCCGAGAUCCAACAAGACCCGUACCCCAACGUUCAUUUGCACUUCGAUGAUGCGGACAUCCGGAAAGCUUGCGUAAUCCUCACGCCCCAGGAUCAGGACCCUCUGCAUCUCACCAUCGUGUUUCAGGAGGACUACCCGCUGCAAGCGCCAGUUGUGACGAUACAGACUGUCGUCGUACACCCGAAUGUGAUUGGCGGCACUUACAUCUGCGCCUCGAUGCUCAACACUGAUGAAGCAUGGACACCGGCAUACACUCUAAAAGGAGUCGUUAUUCAGCUGCUUAGCUUCUUCUGCAGCGAGUCGCUAGAGCAAGACCAUGGUGGAGAAAAGAUCGACUUGGCUGAAUACCGACGUCACGUAGGAGAUCUGGGUGCGCGAUAUCCCAGGUCCAGGCACUUUCAAGCUUAUGAGUGUCGUAAGUGCGGAUUUGGCUUGGGUUGGGCACCUACUCGACCUGACGAGGAUGGAAAUGGUGCUGCAACGCCGAACGAAUUAUCAUCUGAUGAGCACACAACGCCUUCACCAACUCAAUCAAAGCUUUUCGAAUUGCCAGACGAGUUGAUCCUACUGAUCAUCUCCAGUCUUGAAACACGAGAUGUCAUCAACUUCAGCGAUGCAGUCCCAGGCUUGAAGACCUUGGUGAGGUCGUACGACUUCAUCCGCAUGCGCGAACUACAAUGCUUCUGCCUCAAGAAGUCUUUCAUGGAUACACAGCUGGGCAUCGGCGUCGCCAUCUCGGGUGGCUAUCGUCCGGUGUUCCGUUCAGAGUUCGACUUGCUCAGCCAGGAGGCCUUCGAACAACACCGCGUCCGCCGCAGCAUCCAAGGCGUCCUGUUCGACAAAUGGCUGCCUUUGCCACUGAGCAGGCGCCACUGGAAUCAGGUUAGGGCUAUGGCUGCCGCGCGCUUGAGGGAUAUACAUGGUUUCGCGCAGAUGGCGAACCAAGAGCCGGGAUACGUCGAUGUGCUGUACCACUUCAUGAACACCAUCGUCGUGCAGUUCUCCACCGAUUCUCAGAAAGGCUGGGGCCGCGCCGAUUCGCGCAGCACGCUCAGCCAUGCGUCGGAGAAGGCUGUAGAAGCAUACUUCAGUCUCUACCACCUGCUGCUCUGUCUAGCGACCGAAGAUGCCGCCACUGUAGCCGGUGCAAACCGCAUUGUCAAUCGAUUUAUAUCUGGUCCACGGACGAAGACGCAAUUCCCAGAUCUCGGACACGUCUUAGUCGCCGCCCUGAUCUCCGAUGCUGGAAUGACUGCAAAUCUCACGUUGCUUAUCAUCAAGGAGGCGAUUCUGCGCAACGUGGUGUGGAUGCUCGACGCGAAGGGCGCGGGCUAUACGGAACUCGCAUAUCUCGAGCCCAGUCAUAUUUCGGAAUACCGGCUUAGCAAGACGUUCGAAGCCUCGCCAACCUCAUACCGUCUUCUCAUGUUCCUCAAGCUCUUCAGCUCCGCAGCUCGACCGUCGGGUAUGCGUCUCGCUGAAAUCCGAGAUGGGCUGUUCGAGACGCACGGCGCGCCACCGCCUGGUACUGGCGUCCAAAAUGGCUGA